AUGGUGCCGCCGUGGGCCUCCCGGCGGGCGGGGUCGGCCGGCCUCGCUCACGCCCGGGAGACGACGACGACGACGGGACCCCGCUUCUUCGUCGCCGCCGCCGCCGCCGCCGCCGCCGCUGCCGCCACAGCCACUACAGGUCCGCCAUCUUGUAACCCGAUUCUCUGUCCCUUUCUCUUCCUCCUCCCGCGGGCUCCCCGGGCCGCGCUCGCAGGGGCUACGGCGGCCGACGAGGGCCCGCGCGCGAGACGACGGCGCCGCCGGACGCUCCCGGCGCGCGCGCCACCCGCCCCCGGUCGCUCCUUCGCGCGCGCGCGCCACUCCCCCACCCCGGCCGCUGCCGCGCGCGCAGCGCGCGCCACCCCGCCCGGCCGUUCCUUCACGCGCGCGCGCGCGCCCGCCCAGAUCUCGCGAGCUUUCGGCCCCGGGCUGACGCCGCGCUUUACCUCAGGCCUCCUCCCGCCUCAGGGCGGCCCUCGACCUGUCAAAGGCGCCCGGGCCCCGGCGGCCAAGAGGGGUCGAAUACCGUUGCCCUCCCCUUGCGACACCCACCCCCCCCCCCAAAAAGCCCUUUCAACACCCACAAUGUCUGGGGUUAUUUUCUAG